AUGGCGCCGUUUGUGUUGGUUGCACUGCUCGUGGAUGAUACGCUGACGAGCACGGCUGAAGAGAACUGGUUCUACGCUCACCAGCACAUCGAAGAGCUCUCCGCCAUCAUGACUCGUUGGACAGGUGAGAGGACGAUUCAUUGUAUCGAUCUUUUCGGAUAUUCUGGCAGCGUUGCCAAGUACUGGCGGGACCAGAAGUACGAGGCGUACCAAUACGACAUCAAGUUCAACGUUUGGGCCUUCAAACGGUUCAUGGCGCCGCUGUCAUCGGUGGCUACAUGGUUGCAGCUUCUGGAAAGCCACGGGCGCAAAGUGUUUUGGGUCUUGGAACAGCCAGCUAACAGCUGGCUCUUCAAGCUGAACUUUAUGCUGGCGCUGGGCACAGGGGCCUUCAUAGUCAACACAUGGAAACUUGGCUGA